AUGGCGGCUCUACCCGAGUCCUACGAAGAGGACUGGGAGCGUCUCAACGCCAAAUCAUGGGAACUGCCUAACUACGGCCCCGGUCCAGACUUUGGCGGGGAACCAUCUAUCGCCAGGACAAUAACGAGCACGCGGAUAAGAGGAGUCCAGAUCAUGAUGAUGAGGAUGGCUUCGAGGAUACGAACUAUGGUUCCCCUCCAGUUGACUAUCCGCCGCACCCCCGACUUCUACAGUGCCCGUAACUGCGUCUUUCCAACCCAGGCAGUUAUCACUGGGGCCAGAACAGGUCAAGCUCAGGCACCGGAGGGGCCAGUCUUGAACGACCGUGGGCCUAACACCAGCAAUUCCAAUACGUCCGCACCAGAGCCGCAUUAUGCGUCGCCACGGUUUCAGUCAAAGAAAGGCAGUUCUGCUUCGACUCAGUCGCAACACAGAGCUAAGAAUCCACCUAACGCACCAGGGCAAAAUGACUCUUAUUCCAAGGCAAAGUGGCGCAAAGGCCUUUCUCCAGAUGCUUCGUAUCGUUUACCUUAUGAGUGCCAAGUGUUUCAAGAAAAGAUUCGACAAGUGACUUCCGGAGAAGCUUCCAAGAUCGACUUUCGCCAGACGAUUAUCGAGGAGACAGAUGCCUAUGUGAGGAUGAGCGCGGGAAACGCCAAACUGGUUCACAUCUGGGGCCGACAAAAUCAGGUUUUGGCGGCCCAGAAUAUGCUUCAGGAUAUGUUGAAUCGGUUAAUGCAGCAGCGGACUUCGGCUAAGGCAUCAUCGCGUUGGACCAAGAUACACGCGCAUUCGAAUACGAAAGUUGCCCAUGCCCGGAUACGGGAAAGCCACCAGGAAAGAUUGUCCGAGAUGCGAAAGCCACCGAAAAUUGCUACGGACUACACGCUUGGCUUCCUCUGGCCCCCGGAUGGCCCGUCACUGAACUACUUUAUUACUGCUCGGCGCGAGCUCCUCGAUUUCAUUCGCUUGAAAUAUGACGUGAACAUCUACAUCAAGCCUGGUAUCCCGGACUACCUUUUCAUGUCUGGAAAUAAUGAGCGGGAUAUGUGCAUCAUUGCAUCUCGGUUCCGAGAGCUGUGGGAGAGGCUGAUGGUCCAGCACGAGACGGAAAUCAAGGUGUUCCUUGUUGCGGCACCCCGGGCGGAGCUUAUGAGAACUCAUGUGCUCCUGCAGAAGUCUGGUGGGCUCUCGACACCUGUCAUCUGUGGACCGGAACUGGCCCCAGACGUGGCCGCAAACUGGAAGACCACUGCAGAUGAGAUCAAGCUCAGCAACAAGAACAUGGUCACCACCCGCCUGAGGAAAGCACUGCAUGUGAUUCCUCAAUUCCGGGGAUUCCUGCAAAUGCGAGCAAAGUUCGGUUCGUUCGCGUUGCAACAGUGGCGCAAGCCGAAAGAUGGCACUUCCUAUGAGUUUUCGGAGUUUCGCGAGAUGCUUACCCACAUGAACACCGAGGGCCGUUUGCUCCCAGGAAUCCGGUUGCAGCAAGAUGAGAUCUUCAACCGAGUCAUGGAAUCAACCUUCCUUAAGCCCUGGGGUAAAGCCAAGAUCAAAUCGCUGUUGAGCCUGAUGCCUAGAUAUUCCGCCAACUUUGAGUACCAAGUGAACAAUGAUUCGGUGAUCCGCGUGGAGGCCAAAUUCUCUCUUCCUGUUGGCUCACAGGAGUUUGAAGUCAACGGAAUCCGUUGUUUCAAAUCAAAGCAAAUUGGUGCUCCUGUUGAUCGCCAGAUGCCAAUGCAGAUCAGCAUGAUUGACUUUGAAAGGUCCGACUGGCAACUUGAAGUGAAGGCUCUUGAACUUUGCCCUGAAAAUGAGAUCCCCCCAGAUCUAGACAAAUUUAUGCGUUCGAUUGGUUUCCAAUGGAACGCAAACGCAAAGAGCAUUGGAUCUGCCCCCAAGCGCAAGGCGAGGUUCUCCUAUGGUUCGCCAGUUAAGCGCUUCGUCGAGAAGGCCACAAUUCAGCUCCAAGUCAAAGACUCGCCGCAUGUAUUCGAGCUCGCCCGCUUCGACGAGUACACGUACGCGACUGGUCAAUGGUCGAUGAACCCCAAAGUGUCCUGGGGUGCAUCAUUGUUCAAUCCUGACUGGGACGAUAUACUGGGUGAACAGGCUGAUAUCAAGGUCCUCGACGUUUCCAAAGAUGCGUGUCUAUCGGUGUUCUUUCCCCCACCGGGGGAUGGUGAGGAACAAACGAACAAGCCGAAGACGGACGAUGAACUCCGCAAGGAGGCCGAAAUCCGAAAGGUGGAAGAGGAGAAGCAGCUGGGCCUUUUCAUGAGCACUGUCCAGCAGGUUGCGCGGAUGCUGGGGAACCCAGGUGCUGAGAUGCCAGAUGUUCUUGAGACUGAUCUCGGAAGUCUGUUCUAG